AUGCACGAGUUGUCAUCUGUUACUCGUAGACCGAAAGAGACAUUAACUGAACUCUACAUCAGAAUUGAAGGCAUUGUUGAGCAGUUAGAAUCACUUAAGCCUACAGGCAAGGAAGUUUAUAGUGAUAUGUUUGUUUCCAUUAUUAUAAAUGCAUUACCCAAAGACUUCUCAAACAUUUUAACAGAAGCUGAUAUGAAAAUUCCUUUGACUGUCUAUAAAAAGGCAUUAAAAUAUGUAGCCUCACAUCCAAGCCCUCAGCUUAAGGAUGUUGCAAUAAGGAAAGAAAUGAGUAAGGGUAUUCCAGUAAAUUCCAUCACCUCACAGGAAACGUUUGUUUAUCAGAUACCAACAGGAAGAAAAAAGAUUUAUUGUCAGAGAUGUGAGAUAAUCAGUCACGACACACAACACUGUCGAGCCUCAGAUGUCAUCGAUUUGGUCAUAAUUCUAGGUGCCGAUUCAUCUAUGGUAGUUAUAGGAGCAGUGAAUGGAAAAUCAGGCCACGUAUUUAUUUAA